AGGGCCUCCGUGCAGGGAGGAGAGAGCUUUUGGUGCCUGGCUGUGGGCAAAGCUUUGCUUAUCUUGUCCUCUCUUGCAAGCACAACUGUGCUUCCCCAGGUGCUGCCUAUGUCUUCCUUACCCUGGUGGUCAGAGGCAGGUGGUCCUGUCCCAUCUCUGCCCUGUCCCCACCAACCCUGACCCUGGGCAGAGGAUCCCCCACCUCCUCCCACAGUUAACGUGGGCUAGUCUAGAGGCCUCUCCCAGGUCAGGGGCUCUCUCUAGGGGCUGGAACUGGGGGGCAGAAGGCUCUCCUCGGCCCUUCUGCCUUCUUCCUCUCAGUUAUGGGUCUCUAACGCUGAUCAGAUAUCAAUAAACCAUCCCCUGACCCCCAGGAUCAGCUCCUCAACAUGACUCUCCUGGAAGGUUCCAUAGGGGUGGAGGAUCUCGUGCUCCUGGAACCCCUGGAGGAAGAGUCUAUGCUCAAGAACCUCCAGCUACGCUAUGAGAACAAGGAGAUUUAUACCUACAUUGGGAACGUGUUGGUUUCCGUGAAUCCCUACCAACAGCUGCCCAUCUAUGGCCCAGAGUUCAUUACCAAAUACCAGGAAUGUACCUUCUAUGAGCUGAAGCCCCAUAUCUAUGCAUUGGCAAACGUGGCGUACCAGUCACUGAAGUUCCGGGACCGAGACCAGUGCAUCCUCAUCACCGGGGAGAGUGGAGCCGGGAAGACGGAGGCUAGUAAGCUGGUGAUGUCUUAUGUGGCGGCCGUCUGCGGGAAAGGGGAACAGGUGAACUCUGUGAAGGAGCAACUGCUUCAGUCAAACCCAGUGCUGGAGGCUUUUGGCAAUGCCAAGACCAUCCGCAACAACAACUCCUCUCGAUUUGGAAAGUACAUGGAUAUUGAGUUUGACUUCAAGGGAUCCCCCCUCGGUGGCGUCAUCACAAACUAUCUGCUUGAGAAAUCCCGCGUGGUGAAGCAGCUCAAAGGAGAAAGGAACUUCCACAUCUUCUAUCAGCUACUGGCUGGAGCAGAUGCACAGCUGCUGGCGGCGCUGAAGCUGGAGCGGGAUACAGGUGGCUAUGCCUAUCUGAACCGAGAAGUGUCCAGAGUGGAUGGCAUGGACGACGCCUCCAACUUCAAGUCUGUGCAGAGUGCAAUGACUGUGAUUGGGUUCUCCGAGGAGGAGAUUCGAUGGGUGCUAGAGGUGACAGCCCUGGUGCUGAAGCUGGGGAAUGUGAAGCUGUCAGACGAAUUCCAGGCCAAUGGAAUACCAGCGAGUGGCAUCUCUGAUGCAAGAGGUGUUCGGGAGAUUGGGGAAAUGAUGGGUUUGGAUUCAAAGGAACUAGAGAGAGCUUUGUGCUCAAGGACCAUGGCAACUGCUAAAGAAAAGGUGGUCACUGCACUGAAUGUUGUUCAGGCUCAGUAUGCCCGGGAUGCUCUGGCUAAGAACAUCUACAGCCGUCUCUUCAACUGGAUAGUGAAUCGAAUCAAUGAGAGUAUCAAGGUGGGCAUUGGGGAGAAGAAGAAGGUAAUGGGGGUCCUGGAUAUCUAUGGCUUUGAAAUAUUAGAGGACAAUAGCUUUGAGCAAUUUGUGAUCAACUACUGCAAUGAGAAGCUACAGCAGGUGUUCAUAGAGCUAACACUGAAAGAGGAGCAAGAAGAAUAUAAGAGAGAGGGCAUACCAUGGAAAAAGGUGGACUACUUUGAUAAUGGCAUUAUCUGUAACCUUAUUGAGCAUAAUCAGCGAGGUAUCCUGGCCAUGCUGGACGAGGAGUGCCUGCGGCCUGGGGUGGUCAGUGACUCCACUUUCCUAGCAAAGCUGAACCAGCUCUUCUCCAAGCAUAGUCACUACGAGAGCAAAGUCACCCAGAACGCCCAGCGCCAGUAUGACCACACCAUGGGUCUCAGCUGCUUCCGCAUCUGCCACUAUGCGGGCAAGGUGACAUAUAAUGUGAAUAGCUUCAUUGACAAGAAUAACGACCUACUCUUCCGGGACUUGUCCCAGGCCAUGUGGAAGGCCAAGCACCCACUCCUUCGGUCCUUGUUCCCUGAGGGUGAUCCUAAGCAGGCAUCUCUCAAACGCCCCCCAACUGCUGGGGCCCAGUUUAAGAGUUCUGUGGCCAUACUCAUGAAGAACCUGUAUUCCAAGAACCCCAACUACAUCAGGUGUAUAAAGCCCAAUGAGCAUCAGCAGCGAGGUCAGUUCUCCCGGGAGCUGGUGGCAACCCAGGCUCGGUACCUGGGACUGCUAGAGAACGUGCGUGUGCGCCGGGCAGGCUAUGCCUUCCGCCAGGGGUACAAGCCCUUCCUGGAAAGGUACCGAUUGCUGAGCCGGAGCACGUGGCCUCGCUGGAAUGGGGGAGACCGGGAGGGGGUGGAGAAGAUCCUGGGGGAGCUGAGCGCCUGCACCUCAGAGGAGGUGACCUUUGGGAAGACAAAGAUCUUCAUUAAAAGCCCCAAGACUCUUUUCUACCUGGAGGAGCAGAGACGCCUUAGGAUCCAGCAGCUGGCCACACUCAUACAGAAGAUCUACCGAGGCUGGCGCUGCCGCACCCACUACCAGCAGAUGCGCAAGAGUCAGAUCCUCAUUUCCUCUUGGUUUCGGGGCACCAUGCAAAAGAAGCGCUAUGGGAAGAUGAAGGCGUCAGUAUUGUUGAUCCAGGCUUUUGUGAGAGGGUGGAAGGCCCGCAAGGAUUAUCGAAAAUACUUCCGGUCAGGGGCUGCUCUCACCUUGUCAAGUUUCAUCUACAAGAGCCUAGCACAGAAAUUCCUACUGGGGCUGAAGAACAACUUGCCAUCUACCAGUAUCUUGGACAAAAAGUGGCCAGCAGCUCCUUAUAAGUGCUUCACCACAGCCAAUCAGGAGCUGCAGCGGCUCUACCACCAGUGGAAGUGCAAGAAGUUCCGGGACCAGCUGUCCCCAAAGCAGGUGGAGGUCCUGAGGGAGAAGCUCUGUGCCAGCGAGCUGUUCAAGGGCAAGAAGGCUGCAUACCCCCCGAGUGUUCCCGUUCCCUUCCGUGGUGACUACAUUGGGCUGCGAGGGAACCCCAAGCUGCAGAAGCUGACAGGCAGGGAGGAAGGGCCCGUUCUGAUGGCAGAGACUGUGAGGAAGGUCAAUCGUGGCAACGGCAAGACUUCCUCUCGAAUUCUACUCCUGACCAAGGGGCAUGUGAUUCUCACAGACUCCAAGAAGUCCCAGGCCAAAACUGUCAUUGGGCUGGAAAGUGUGGCCGGGGUGUCAGUCACCAGCUUCCAGGAUGGGCUUUUUUGCUUGCAUCUGAGUGAGAUAUCAUCAGUGGGAUCCAAGGGGGACUUCCUGUUGGUCAGCGAGCAUGUGGUGGAACUGCUGACCAAAAUGUACCGAGCUGUGCUGGACACCACGCAGAGGCAGCUUCCAAUCACCGUGGCUGAGCAGUUCUCAGUGAAGUUCAAGGAGAGCAAUGUGACUGUCAAGGUCACCCAGGGGCCGAGGGGUAAUGGGAAUGGCAAGCUCAGCUGCAAGAAGAAGGGGAGUCAUGGCCUGGAAGUGACUGUAUAGUGAGGAGGUGGCAGGUUCUCCCUCCUGGACCAGCACCAGCCCCACCCACCUUUGUGGGAGAAGCUCAUCUUCAGCCCUCUGAUCAGGGGUGGUGCUCGGAGCCUGAAGAACCCUUGAAGAGGACCUUUCUUCUCCCAGACCAUCCCAGUCCUUUCUCUAAACUUCCUCCCACCCCCAGCCUCUCUGCCCACUAAUAAAACAAGUGACUUC